AGUUUAAUGCGUAAAUCCAUGCCUUAAAUACACAUAAAUUGAAACAUACAUAUUUAACCGACUGUGCUGAAGGUCCAGUAGCCUUUAGCUUGAGGAAUGUAAUUUGAAAUAUUUGCACACUGCACAAACAAUCUCACUUCCCUAGCCAAAAGUUUAUUGUACCUUGCUCUGUAGAUAGAACAAAAGAAAUACUGAUAACAUGUAGUAAACGUUGAUAAGAUUUGUUACUGUUCGUGUGCAAAAUGAUUUAACUUUUAAGGUGUUUUAAGAACAGUAUUAAUUGUUGUUAGUAAGUAGACACGAAAAAUGUGUAUCCUAUUCAUAUACAAUGGCAACAACGAUUCAAAGAGCGACUACAGUUUGAUCCUAGCCUCAAAUAGGGACGAGUGUUAUGACAGGCCCUCGCAAAAUAUGGGUCCCUGGUUUGAGGACCCUAGUGUGUUUGGAGGUCGCGAUUUAGAAGUGGAAGAGGGAGGUACCUGGCUAGCAUUGUCACCUUUACGUAAAAAAAUAGGUGUUCUUCUUAAUUUGCCAAGUGCUAAGAAGCCAGACGCUAAGAGUAGAGGCAAAAUCGUCGCGGACUUUGUAAAGAAUGAUAAAUCGGUCAAAACCUAUGUUGAGCAAAUAAAAUCAUAUGCUCACAACUGCAAUGAAUUCGUUUUCGUAAGCAUUGAAUUUAAGAACUUACUCCCCGUAAUAUCUACAUUCAAUAACGCGAAUGAUGAGCUAGUCACCCAUAGUGAAGCGUUCCUGGGAUUCAGUAACAAUCUACCACAGAAACCGCUGAAGAAGGCGGAGGCUGGUAGGAAUAAGCUGCAGCAAAUUGUCGGGACUUUCAACAAAGUUUCUACGCAGGACGAACUCAUUGAUAGACUGAUUGACCUUCUGAAGUGGGAAGAAAGCCACCUUCCCGACCACCAGUUGGAAACUAAGCGACCGAAUUUGUACAAGGAACUCAGCUCGGUAUAUGUUUGCAUACCGCAAGGACGAUAUGGAACUAGAACUCACACAAUAGUGCUUGUCACAAAAUCCGGACACAUGAAUGUAAUUGAGAUGACCCUCGUCGCGCCCAUUGACCCAGACAACCCAAAAUGGACCAAAACUCAAUACCAAUUUGAUAUGGAAUGGAAAUAAAAAGUAUUUAUGUUGACUGAA